AUGAAGAGCCGGUUUGAGUUAAGAAUAUCGACAAAGAACAACAGAGUGUUGAAAGAAGCGCUUUCGGGCGUUGUUGAAGGCCUGGAGAUAGUAGACGACGGAAAGGAUCUAGUCAUCCGUGUGGAGGAGUCGGGGCGUCUCAUAAAAAGCGCGCACAUCGUGGUUACAUACACAAACUACAUCCUCAAAACCAUAAACGGCCUUGAGAAGAUGGAGAAGGGAGAAAAUUCAUAA